ACGCCAUGCUUGUUAAGGGAAAACCACCCAAAGGAAAGUGACAACUUUUGCUCUGGGCGCCGGAUGCUGGCUGCCGAAGCUCACCCAGAAUUAUGGCGGAUUCGGCGCGGACACCGCAUGCUACUGGCUUUCCAGCAGAGGGUAGAUGCAGUUACUAUGUGGAAAAGAAGAAGCGAUUCUGUAGAAUGGUGGUGGCCGCCGGGAAAAGGUUCUGUGGUGAACACGCUGGAGCCGCGGAGGAAGAAAAUGCUCGGAAAAGAAUCCUGUGUCCUUUAGAUCCAAAACACACAGUAUAUGAAGAUCAACUAGCAAAACAUUUGAAAAAAUGUAAUUCAAGGGAGAAGCCAAAACCUGAUUUCUUUAUUCAAGAUAUUAAUGCAGGCUUGAAAGAUGAAACAGAAAUACCUGAACAAUUAGUUCCAAUUUCUUCUCUACCUGAAGACCAGUUGGAAAACUUAAUUAAGAAACUGAGAAAAGCAAGUGAAGGUUUGAAUUCUACACUUCAAGAUCACAUUAUGUCCCAUCCAGCAUUAUAUGAUGCCCUUAAUGACCCUAAAAAUGGUGAUUCCGCAACCAAGCACCUGAAACAGCAGGCUUCUAUUUUAGGUAACAUUGAAAAAUUAAAGUUACUUGGUCCAAGAAGAUGCUUUGUUGAGUUUGGAGCAGGAAAGGGAAAAUUAUCUCAUUGGGUUGAUAUUGCCUUAAAAGAUGCUGAAAAAGUUCACUUCAUCCUGGUAGAAAAAGUGACCACAAGAUUCAAAGUAGAUGGUAAACACAGAAAGAAAAAUUCAGUGUUUGAAAGACUUCAAAUUGAUAUUCAACAUUUGUGCUUGAACAAGAUUCCUGUACUGAGAGAAGGGAAACUACCUGUGGUAGGAAUUGGAAAGCAUCUGUGUGGUGUGGCAACAGAUCUUGCAUUACGAUGUUUGGUUGAAACCUAUGCUGCCAGUUUUGAGGAAAGGAAUGAAGAACCUUUAGCCAAACGCAUAAAGAAUGAUAAAACAGAAAAAGAAAUUAACACUUUGGCCAAGGAAGGAAAUGAAAAAAAUGUCCCAGAGAAGUGGACCCCUGUGGCUGGCAUUGUUAUUGCACUCUGUUGUCACCACAGGUGUGAUUGGAGACAUUAUGUGGGCAAAGAAUAUUUCAGGGCCCUAGGCCUUGGAGCAGUAGAAUUCCACUAUUUCCAGCGAAUGAGUAGUUGGGCGACUUGUGGGAUGCAGAAAACAUCUUUCGAAGCCUCAAAUAUUACCACAAAGAGAAAAGAUAAUCAAAAUGAUGAUAGCGAAGAGCAUGAUGAAGGAGGAUACAGAGUCACAGAUGACAGCUCUGAGAGUUUGUCUGGGCUUCUUACUGUUGAAGAAAAGAAGAAAAUAGGGCAUCUUUGUAAAUUGCUGAUUGACCAAGGUCGAAUCCAGUAUUUACAGCAGAAGGGAUUCAAUCCUGCUUUACAAUACUAUACAGACCCUUUGGUAUCUUUGGAAAAUGUAUUGUUAACUGCUUUACCAAUUCAUUCUUCACCAGAAACAACUGCUUAAUAGGAAAGAAAUUUGAACAUCAUCUGU